AUGAUGCAACAGUCCCCGUAUUCGGCUUACAACGAGCCUUAUGAGACUAUGCUCAAUUAUUCGAUUUCAGUCUGCAACCUUACGGGUGUGAGAACAGAACCGACUGCUGGAGGCAUUGCUAUACCUGCAGCCGACCCCACUUGCUCAACAGAUACUUGGUAUACGGUUCAACAAGGAGAAAAAUGUGAUUCUAUCGCCAUAGCGUAUUCUUUCUCCUCCUUAACCCUGUAUCAAAUGAAUCCGACCUUGUACAACUGCAGUGAUCCAACCGUGGGGCUCGACCUGUGCCUACCAUUAGCAUGCGGGUACAUCUACCAGGUUACUGCAGCUGACAAUUGCCCCACUAUUGCUGCUACCGUUGGAACGUCGUGGAUGAAGCUUGUAUCAUACAAUGGCAUGAUCGAGAGCGAUUGCUCAAAUAUAGCCGAUACAGCACUGCUAGGUGGAGUGAGAUGUGUUUCUCCUCCCGGAGGAGCUUUAAAUUUUACAGUUUCGUCCAAUUCGAGCUCGGAGUCAGGCAUAGAUGCGCAGGGAGGAUCUGGGUCAGGAUAUGGUACCAGUUUCGUUGCUUUGCCAAAUGAUGUCACGCUAGCUGAUGGGACCACCACCGACUGUGGCCAGUACUAUACCGUGGUAUCGGGUGACAGUUGUGUGUCGGUCUUGGCCCAGGCAAAUACGCCGUUCAACUUAUUCAUGGCUGCAAACCCUUCCAUCUCAUCCGCGGCGACCUGUGACGGAGACCUGAAAGUUGGAGUUAUAUAUUGUAUUCACCCUAUGAGUGGCUUCAAUGCGACAGACAUAAAUGGCAACUUGACCAUUUCGACGAAUGGACUAUGUGGCAAUGGCACCACCUGUCUGGGAUCAUCGUUCGGAGAUUGCUGUUCUAUCUCCGGGUAUUGCGGCAGCACCGCAGACUAUUGCACAGCCGGCCUCUGCGAUUCUUCCUACGGCCUAUGUGUUUCAGGCAACCCUAUUUCCCUAGAUGGCCUCUGUGCGUCGCGGUCGUCAACUAAUGCGACAUGUGUCGGAAGUCAGUUUGGGUCUUGUUGCUCGCUUGAUGGAUAUUGUGGUGAUACAUUCGACUACUGCACCUACAAUUUAUGUCAGAGUGCAUUCGGGAGCUGUGAGGAAGCACCUCCGAUCAGCUCUGAUGGAUUAUGCGGUGCCCUCUCUUCAGUCAACGCCACCUGCGCGGGUAGUUCAUUCGGAAACUGUUGUUCGAUUAACGGAUAUUGUGGGAGCACAUCGGACUACUGUGCUUAUACUAGCUGUCAAACAGAGUUUGGCACAUGUGAUGCUGGACCUACUAUCAGUUCGGAUGGCUUGUGUGGAGCACUUUCUUCUAAUGCAACAUGUGCGGGUAGCGCUUUCGGGGACUGCUGUUCAGUCAAUGGCUACUGUGGAAGCACUGACGAUUACUGCGGAAUUGACUCCUGUGACUCCUCGUUUGGCACUUGUGACACGGUUACUGUGAGCCCUGAUGGGCUUUGUGGUUCCAUGUCCUCUGUCAAUGCAAGCUGUGCCGGCAGCCAAUUCGGCGAUUGUUGCUCGACGAGCGGCUAUUGUGGCAGCACAGAUGCAUACUGUGGGGUCGGUCAAUGCCAGUCUGCCUUUGGAAGCUGCACUGAGCAGCCAAUUAGUUCCGAUGGCCUUUGCGGCUUCAUGUCCUCGAAUAGCGCCACGUGCCUGGGCAGUCAGUUCGGUGAUUGCUGUUCGGUAAACGGAUACUGUGGCAGCUCAGAUGCCUAUUGUGCAGCAGCAAAUUGCUUGUCAGUGUAUGGCAGCUGUUCGUCUUGAGUAAGUGGUAUUUCUGCACAGAACCAGCUAAGAAAAGGAGUCUCUUUUUGGCCUAGAGUUUAUGUUGUUUGGAGGGCAGUUCUUUUCUAGAAAGACCAGCCAGCGGGUUGACCCGCAUUGUAUCCUACUGCCCAGCCAUGCGUAUUUUACAUACCACUUCCGUAACAUACUCCGCGAG